CCGAACCUCUUGAAGCCAUUCUCACUGAUGACGAACCUGAACAUGGCACAUUGGGAGCUCCGGAAGGGGACCACGACCUCCUCACUUGUGGCCAGUGUCAGAUGAACUUCCCGUUGGGGGACAUUCUAAUUUUUAUUGAGCACAAACGGAAACAAUGCAAUGGCAGUCUCUGCUUAGAGAAGGCUGUGGAUAAGCCACCUUCACCCUCACCAAGUGAGCUGAAAAAAGCAUCCAAUCCUGUGGAGGUUGGCAUCCAGGUUACACCAGAGGAUGACGAUUGUUUAUCAACGUCAUCUAGAGGAAUUUGCCCUAAACAGGAACAUAUAGCAG